GAAUGUUUCAGGGUCAGCUGUACCUCCAGUCCUUUGUGAGAAUCUCCGAGAAGUUUCCAUCAAAGCCCAAAGCUCUGAAUGGUUGGAGCAGUAACAGUGACAUGAUGCCACCACCUACGGUCAAAUGGAAACCCCUCAUCCAUUCCCCUUCCCGUACUCCAGUCCUGGUGGGCUCUGAGGAGUUUGAUAAAUGUCUGAAUAAUGAUAAAUUCUCUCAUGAGGAGUACAGUAAUGGAGCUUUGUCAAUACUGCAGUACCCGUAUGAUAAUGGCUACUACUUUCCAUACAGUCCUCGUUACCGCAACCGUCGUGAUGAGACAGCAGUGAGUGUUCUGCUGAAGAAAGAUGGAGAGGGGUCACAAGUGAGAAAGAAAGACCCUGUGCUGCUUCUGCCGUGGUGGAAAGAGAUUCUGGGUACCAUCAUCUUCUGCAUCGCUGCCACCACCUACAUUGUCCGCAAGUUCUUCCACCCACCCACAACAUACGUCCGGCAACGAAAGGAGUCUGAGACUCAGUGUCAAACUGACAGCAAGUUUGAACUGGACGUUUCAGAACCCAAAGAAGUUGUUGUCACAGAGACACGUCCCUGUGAAUAUGUCUCUAGGUACUUGACAGACUUUGAGCCAGUGCAGUGUUUGGGACGUGGUGGAUUUGGUGUUGUGUUUGAGGCACGCAACAAAGUGGACGACUGCAACUAUGCCAUCAAGAGGAUACGUCUACCCAACAGGGAAUUGGCCCGUGAGAAGGUCAUGCGAGAGGUGAAAGCUCUAGCUAAGCUGGAACACCCAGGCAUCAUCCGUUACUUUAACGCUUGGCAGGAGAGCCCGCCGCAGGGCUGGCAGGAGGACAUGGACAAAUGCUGGCUCAAAGACGCGAG